AUGCCUCCUACAUCCUGCCACCGAGCACGAACGCUUCUCCAAACGCGUCUCACUAUUAUACCUCAUGAUGGCGAGGAACCUACCAUUUGGCUCUUCCUCAUUGUUAUGGGUGGGAUCACCGGACUCGCUGUUGUCUCCGUCUUGAUCGGAUGCCUCGCAGUCAAGUGUUGCAAACGGCGGCGUAAUCGGAAGCUCAUCCAAAAGAAGACCGCCGCCGAAAUCGAAUGGAUAGCGCAAGCACAGAAUGAAUCCAUAUCCACGCUGGCGAACGAGGAGGACGACAUUAUUGAACGGCGCACAGCAAAUCUGAUGGCUGUUGCAGCUUUCGCUGGCCGCGAGCAGAAGCUGUACGCACAUCACAAGAAGAUGAAAAUGAGCAAAAGCAGGAAAAGCUCAUCCAUCAUGAUGCCCGUCAGCAUGGCCGAAUUGAAGAGAUGGGCUGUCCGCUCUGUGACAGGUUGCGACGGGAACCCCCUGGAGCAACAACCAGCAUCGAAAGCCGUGUCCCCAAUGGUGGUCGCGUCUGCUUCAUUUCUACCAGUCCCACCGCAUUCCAAUGAUAACCGUGAUACCAGUACAGAUUAUCAGGACCCUGCAAAGCUGGUUGAAGAGCUUCGGUCAGACCAAAAACGGGCAUCGAGGGGCAAGCAACGGAGAGUUCUGAGCUGA